AUGGGUAAUGGGUGGCGGGAUACAAGACAAAGACCCCUUAUCAAUUUUAUGGUGUAUUGCGUAAAAGGGAAUUCAUUCAUCAAAUCAGUUGAUGCAUCGGAUAUUGAGAGUAAUGCCCAAACAUUAUGCAACUUGUUUAGUGAGAUUGUUGAGAUUGUUGGUCGUCAGAAUGUCGUUCAUUUAGUCACUCAUAAUGCUGCAAACUACAAGGUUGCAGGAAGAUUGUUAUGCGAGAAGUAUCUGUCCAUUGUUUGGUCUCCUUGUGCAGCUCACUGUAUGAACUUGAUUAUGAAGGACAUGUCGGAGAUGCGUGAAGUCGCUGAUUUGGUUACACUUGCAUCGAGGGUUACAAAUUUUGUUUAUAACCACAAAUGGCCAUUAAAUUGGUUAAGAAAAAGACCAGGUUGGACAAAAAUUAUUCGUCCGGGUGCCACUCGUUUUGGUACUGCAUUUAUUGCAUUGAAAAUAAAGGUCAUGACUCCAAUGUUGAGACUUUUACGGAUUUGUGAUUCGGAUGAGAAGCCGGCUUUAGGUUAUGUAUACGAAGGGAUGUAUAGGGCAAAAAAAGGAAUUAAGAAACUUUUUCGUAACAACAGAGAGUUGUACACCCCGUAUACUAACAUCAUCAAAAAUCGGUGGGAUAGGAUGUUGCGUAAAAGUCUUCAUGCUGGUGCUUAUUGGCUGAAUCCAGUCUUUCAAUAUGAUCAAGAAAAUUUUUCUAAGAAAUCAUAG